AUGGCCCCUAAAAAAUCAGAAGAAAAAGUCCAAUUGGAAAGAUACAAAAGCCUCCUCGAACGUCUUGAAUCUUUAAUUAUGUCUGCACGGGAAAAACUCUCUGCCUUCUGCUCGCCGGAUGUUGCGAAAGUACUGGUCGACGCAAUUCUUCCCCUCUCAAACCUUUUCGGCGAUUCAUUCUUCGUUUGGCUCGCUGCGCCCUCAUCUCUAUCAGAAGACGAGAUCACGGACAUCAAAAGGAAGCAUAAUGAGUUGGCCAUGGUUUGCGACAACACCUUGGUUUCGUUGCACAUCGCCAUGAAACCGGAGCCAGAAACGAAGCCUUCGAACGAUGCCAUACAACGCUUACCAAAAUUGGAUUUCCGCCCUUUCGACAAAAAUCAACCGAAACUCUGGUUUGACCAGCUGGAAAUCGUCCUGGCAUCUUCUUCGAUCACCUCACCGGAUCACAAGUUCGCUGCCCUACUCAGACUUAUGGACUCUUCCACUUCUUCACUCCUGGGAUCUAUCACAAGAUCAAAGACACCAUCUGCAUAUGAAGAUGCAAAGAAUCUAUUGAUCAAGGAGUUCUCGUUGUCGAAAUACGAUCGGAUCAAAACUUACUUGGAUACGAAGCCCGAUGCCGACGAAAAACUCACGAUGUUCAAUGCGAGGGUUGAAUCCCUCUUUGACGGUCUAACUCUGGACGACAUCGCGAAAUUUUGCAUUCUACGUCAUGCUCCCGCAGCCGUCCAUCUUCAACUCUCGGGUAUAAACUUCGAUGACAAGCCGCUG